AUGGGCUCUGCAGCAGCCAACACUCGCACUAAACCGACUUAUGAACCGGCCGUGAAGUUGGAGGGCCAUCAUGAAGAAGUUAACUGUAUCGCGGUCUCAGCAGACGGUUCCCUUUUAGCAUCUGGCUCGGAGGAUUUUUCCGUUCGAAUUUGGAAUUUUGGUGAAGGAGCCAGCUAUGAGUGCAUUCGAGAACUCGUCGGACACACCGAGUACGUCGUUUGCGUAGCCUUUAUGGGAAAUUAUCUCCUUUCUGGCUCGGGCGAUAUGACGCUUCGAAAGUGGAACGUUAGUACUGGAGCUUGUGAACUGGUAUGUUACCUGUCUCCUAAUUUUACUCGGAGGAUUUUUCGGGGUUUUCACUCAACAGUAAAUUACUUUAUAUUAGUAAGAUAG